AAAACCCCCUCUUCCCUACGUCCCUGGCUGGAUGGCCAUAUCAUGUCAAUGGGGAUGCUUUAACUGAGAGUUCCUGCAUGGCAGAAUGGGUUGGACUGGAUCAGGGCCCUUGGGGUCUCUUCCAACUCUAGGAUUCUAUGGUUCUUGUUCAAUGGCCACUUCAAGGUGUGACCAGGUGAGGUCCCAGCCCCGGCCACGCCCCCAGUGACGUCACUCGACGAUGCCCCGCCCCUCUCCUGCAACGCUCGUCUCCACUGCUCUGUCUGCGGAGGAAGAAAGAGAGGCGAAGCCUUGGACGGAGGAGACCUCGCCUCAUCAGCAUAUAAACUUGCCAAGGUUCUUGAAAAGAGCAGGGAUAACAUCACAGCAUGGCAAGUUCUCACAGCAGACUUGUGCUGAACUCGCCAGCAAAGUUCUUGAAAGUGAUACCUCUCAUUAAAUUAUAAUCUGGAACUUUGUAACAAGUGCAUAUCGAUUUUACUUUUCCACUUGAAGGUUCAUGAUGGAACUUGAAUCAUUAAAGAACCGAAGCAGUGUCUGACUAGAUUUCCAGAUUAUUGCUCCUAUGAAGAUAAAGGUUUGGAGACAUCAUGUCUUUUCACUACAAUGAAGCUUUUGAAAACUUGGGCUGUCCUUAUUCUGAACCACUGGAGGUUGAUAAUCCAGAUAAUCCAGAUUAUCACUAUGCUGACACACUGGAGCUUGACAGAAUAAGACCUACUGAAGGAAGCACGUCUUUCCAUUAUAAUCCUUAUGAUUCCUCUCCUUACAAUUCCUAUGGAGAGCACAAUGCAGAAGGAGUACGAAGGCAAAAUUCUUCCAUUCAUAUACCCAUGAACUCAGUGCAGAUUCAGAAUUCUGAUACUGACUAUGGAUUAAGAGAUUUUUCAUUUGAGACUCCCAGUUCAAAUCCGUAUAGAAAUGCACAUAUUAAUCCUUCGUUUGAAUAUGAACCAGAAUUUGCACAGACUCUAUCUGCUGACAUCAAUGCUUUGAAUCACUAUUAUACACGGAAACCUAAAACUUCAUCUGUUGGAGAAGAAAAAUUUAUUGGUGAUCUUAUAACAAUGUCCACCCACGAAAGAAUUAAAGCAAUCCAGCAAAUUCCAAAACCUAUGAAAGAAAAGCGAAACAUCAGGAAUCAUGUUCUACUGGAGAAAACAAAAAAGACCUAUGGCCGUAAUACUCAAAUUAACUGUUGCACCCAGUGUUUCUACAGUACAGCCUUGUCUUUUCGGCAGUUUAAAAGCAGCCUGUGCGACUGCUUUCAGCUUUUCAAACUUUGGCAGAAGAUUCUCAAAGACAUUGGAGGCAAAUUUGGGACCAGCGUUCGUUCCUAUUUUGCAUUUCUGACAUGGCUCCUGAUGUUUAACAUGUUCUCAUUCCUUGUGAAUUUCAGUUUUAUUACAGUUCCCCAGCUCAUAUCGGCUAAAUCAAAUAACCUUUCAUUUACGGGACUGGAGUUUUUUACAGGAGCCGGUUAUUUUAAAGACACUGUGCUCUAUUAUGGAUUUUAUACCAAUUCUACAGUUGUGAAAAGCGAGACAAUGUCUCCAUAUCACAUGCAGCUUGCCUAUAUAUUCACCAUUGGAAUUUAUUUCAUUGUGUGCUUCUUAAGCUUGCUCUACAGCAUGGCAAAGUCCUUCCUCAACAACUUUUCCAGUCCACAGAUGUACUCUGGAAAUGCCGCCAAACUUCUUUGCAUCUGGGAUUUCAAUAUAACCAAUGCAAAAGCUGUGAAGUUAAAGCAGAAAAAUCUCAGUACUCAAAUAAAGGAGACCUUGUCAGAAGCGAGCACUGGAGCGCUGACACUUUCUUUAAGUCAAAGGCUUUGCCGCAUCUCAUGUCGUCUUGUGGCUUGGGCUGUCUCAUUGGGCGCCGCAGUUGGUUCAUGUGCUGGCAUUUACCACAUCUCCCUUGUCAAUUUAGAGUUUCUUUUAGAUGAAAAGAAAACUAAUCUGGAAAGUGAAGCUGCCACACUGGUGUUGCCAAUAAUUGUAAGCCUAAUCAAUCACAUCGUACCAUUCUUCUACUCUUCCUUUGGCUUUGUUGAAAAGUUCACUCAUCCCAGGCACCAGAUCUAUACCAAUAUUGUCAGGAACAUUAUUCUGAAAGUAUCUAUAAUUGGGAUUCUCUGCAACUAUUGGCUUAACAAAGUGGCCCUCUCAAAUGCAGAGUGCUGGGAAACCCUGGUUGGCCAGGAUAUAUACAGAUUGCUUGUGGCUGACUUCAUCUGUUGCCUACUGGGUUCUUUUUUUGGAGAGUUUUUACAACGAAUCAUUGGGACUAAAUGCUGUAAAAAACUUGGCGUGCCAGAAUUUGAUAUUGCGCGAAAUGUUUUGGAUUUGAUCUACGCUCAGACUUUAACGUGGAUUGGCAUUUUCUACUCACCUUUGCUCCCAGCCAUUCAGAUGAUAUCAUUUUUCGUUAUAUUUUGUGUGAAAAAGGUCAGCCUGAUGAUGAACUGUCAGCCGCCUCGCAAAGCUUGGAGAGCUUCCCAGAUGAACACCAUCUUUGUCUUCUUGCUGUUUUUCCCCUCCUUUGCAGGUGUUCUUGCUGUCAUAGCAAUCACUGUCUGGAGGCUGAAGCCUUCUGAAACAUGUGGUCCUUUCCGAGGCCUCAAAACUAUCUUCGAGGCCAUUUCUGGCUGGGUGGCAUUACUCUCCAGUUAUCCAGGCUCUAUUUGGGUUGUUUGGAUUUAUCGCAAUUUAAUUGAAAGUGUGCACUUCUUCUUCAUCCUCUCCAUCAUAGUACUGAUUAUCACAUACCUCUACUGGCAAAUUAUAGAUGGACGGAAAAUAAUGGUUAAACUACUGCAAGAACAGAUUGUCAAUGAAGGCAAAGAUAAAAUGUUUCUGUUGAAGAAGUUGCAUGCUCUACAAGCAUCUAAACUCCCUGAUCUGGGGGAGCAGCCAGAGAGACACUCAUCUGCUCACCAGCUGCCUGCCCACCAAAUGCGUUUUCCAUUGCCCAACGCUAUUGAGAGCUCUCCAAGAACAACAGAAAGAGACUAUGCUGUGCCUGCCAGAACAUCUGAAAUGACCAGCUUCGCUCAUGGGGUUAGAGAAGAUGGCCAGUCAGCCAGAAAUGUUGGGAUUUCGGAAACUUUAGCUUUAGCUUUGAGAGCCAGGCAAGAGGCUGAAUGGGAAAUGGAUGGUGAAGAAAGCACAUGAUGCAAGAUGCAAAAAAGCAGCUCUUCUGAUCCAGAACUUUGGU